UUGCAAGUACAACAGUUCUCUGUGCGCUCCCAUUCAUUUCCUGAGAACUGCCUGAGCUGAGCAGCUGAGAGGCAGAAGGGGAGGGAGCUGCUCUCUCACACUCACACUCACACACACACACAUGCAUGCACACACACGCACACACAUAUACACACACACGCACACACAUAUACACACGUACAUACAGGCAGAGUGAGAGGAGAGGAGAGGGAGAGGAGACAGAGAGGACUGUAGGAAGGAAAACAGUCUCCUAGUCUCCACGGCUCUGCAGCUUCUGACAAGGCGGCCUAAGAAACAGGAUGUUAAUGCUUGACGGAAUGCCUGCAGUCCGAGUCAAAGCUGAGCCCCUGGAAUCGGAACAAGGGUCACCCAAAGUGCGCCCUUAUUCUGCGAUGGAAGGCGUCCCCUUCUUCCUCAGCAGAGUUAAAGCCGAACCUCCGGAAGAUCUGCUCGCUCACGACCUGCACUUCCACACGCAGACCGAGCCCGUCGACCUGUCCAUCAACAAACCCCGGCCCUCGUCCUCAUCCACCACCCCUACCACCGCCUCCUCAUCUUCCCCUCUCAGAUCCGCGUUCUCCCCGUCUUCUUUAUCGUCGUCAUCCUCCUCCUCCUCCUCCUCCUCUCCAUCGGUUAUCACCUCUGCCUCGUCGGUGCUCACGCCGGGCCCUCUGGUAGCCCCCGGCACCGGGGUUAGAGGUCAGCCGUAUUUGCACAUCCUGCACUCUGUGCCGCCACCUUCAUCCAGCCCUCUGAGCCUGCAGGCAGCAGGGAAGCUCGCCAGCCAUGUUCACCGCAUCCCAGUUGUGGUACAGUCACUGCCCCUCAUGUACACCACUGCCGUUCGAUCACCCUCCAGCCUCAACAACGCCAUCAUGCUACCUCUGCUGGACGAGGUCAAAUCCCAGGGCAAAGCACACACAGACCACAACGGCCUGUCGCCAAGGCAGAUCAAGAGUGACAGCGAUGACGACGACCUGCCAAACGUGACCUUGGACAGUGUUAACGAGACCGGCUCCACUGCGCUGUCUAUAGCCCGCGCUGUACAAGAUUCCAUGUCCCCGUUCAGUAUUGACAGCAUACGGCGCCCCCGGAGGUCAGAGUCACCAGAUUCCAAAAAGAGGAGAAUCCACAGAUGUGACUUCGAGGGCUGCAAUAAGGUGUACACCAAAAGCUCCCAUUUAAAAGCACACCGGCGGACGCACACAGGGGAAAAGCCAUACAAAUGCACCUGGGACGGCUGCACGUGGAAGUUCGCCCGCUCCGACGAGCUGACGAGGCAUUACAGAAAACACACGGGGGUGAAGCCCUUCAAGUGCGCAGACUGUGACCGCAGCUUCUCCAGAUCCGACCACUUGGCCCUGCACCGACGGAGACACAUGCUGGUGUGAAUCAGACGGAAAGAGAGAGAGAGAGAGAGAGAUAAAGAGAGAGAUCAACACACACAUAAACACACAUAUACAAACACACUCAUAUACAAACACACACACAGGCAGGCAGCCGGGGGAGCGGGAUCUCCCUAUGAAUGUUUUUCAGCUGGCCUGGACGCACAUCCACACACCUAUAGAUGCACACACACACACCUUACACAAACACCUUAUACACACACUCUCAUCCGUCAUGAAGGAGGGAAGAUGGAGAGGUGGAGCACAAAACAGGGUCACUUCUGGAUCCUCCUUGGUUUGGAAGGAAUUAGACGGCAGGAUCUGUUAUUGUCAUUGUUUGGAGUUUUAAUAGGGAACUGUCUUUUACAGCACUGUUUGUAAAUGUUUCACUUUGAUUUUUAAGAUGAACUCGCACUCUUUAUUUGGACAAAAAAAAAAAAAAUUAUAUAUAAUGCAAUCGCAAAAGUUGUCUCUUUUUUUUUUUUGGUAUCUCUCUUUUUUUUUCUUCCUUCUUUUCAUCAUUGUUCGGCUGCUUUUUCCAGCAUUCAUAAUGUGAACGACCCCCGAUUUUACAGAAUGGGAUUUCCCCGCGUGUGCAGAAAGACGUGUUGGACUGGAUCACGCAGGAAAGGCCUCGGUUGGAGUUUAAAGGCAGUAUUGUUGCGCCUCUGUGAGUCUGAUUCGUGACCAUCAGAGGGCGCAGUUUCACCACGGAUUUCUUUUUUUUGCCCCUGCUGGAGCCUUCAUUGCUGAGCUGGACGACUUUCACCUUUUUUCCUCACAGCCGGCUGACUAAUAAAUGACUUUUAUCUGGAAUGGAACAACCUCAUCGACACUGAUCAGUCAUUGCUUUAUUUCCUCCCCCAAAAAACUAACAAACUGGACAUGCAUCAUCAUCAUCAUCAUCAUCACACCAGCAUAAAAAACCACCCGCUCACAGGCCCGGACGACUCCCUCCAAAUCCCAUCAGUGCUAUUCUUUAUGUUUGAGCCUCUUUUCCUUUAAAAAAAACAGACAAAAAAAAUCUUUGGUGGGUUUCGUGCUGUGAUUAGCAAUCAGUAAAGUGCAAUCUUAAAGGAUAAAUAUACUUUCAGUAUGACAACGUUUUAGUUUUUUUAGUUUUUUUUAAAUGCCUGCUUAUUGUUUGACUGAAAAAUUCAACCCCUCAUGUACAGAGAACUUUGAAACAAUCAGAGGAGAUAUCCAGUAUGUGAAAAGAAAAAAAAAAAAAAUAGAGGCACCUUACAGACUCUGCUUUCA